AUGUUUUUUUUUUUUUUUUUUUAUAAGAUGAAAAAGUCAUUUUACUUUUCAAUAGUUGUAUAUUUAUGUUUUUUUUUAUAUAACCCUAUUUAUAUGCUAGAUGUAAAAGUGUUGGAGGUAGGUAACUAUUAUAUCUGUAAUUUAAAAGACUAUCCAACUGAAAAUUGUACAGUUAAUUACGAUUAUAAUAAAAUAACAAAAUUGUUAUGCCCAAUAGAUAGUGUAAAAAAGGUAGGAUAUAAUCCAAGUUACUGUUUUAAGUAUUUAGGAGUAAAAGAUACACUUAUCAUUAAUAAUAGAGAAGAAAAAAUAUAUGAAACAUUACCAGGAAUAAUAUUAGAAAAUGUGAUUAAAUAUGGUAGAAAUCAUUUAAGUAUAUAUGCUCCUUUUUAUGUAAAGGAAGAUGUAACAAUUGUUUGCACAUGUGAUCAUUCAAAUGGGGAUGAAAAUAUAACACCGUAUAUUAAAAUAAAUCUUAGAACUAAAAAUAGUUUUAAUAAUAAUGAAGAAUACAUUAAAGGAUGUGAUUAUGGUAAUAAUAAAGGAAAAUACAAAUUUUUAACAAAAACUAUGUCACAAAAGGAGAAUUUUACAUGUGAAAUAGAAGCUGCUGGUGGAGAUGUAGUUGGGAUUAAUUGUAAUAAUUAUAAUAGUAAUAAUUUUAAAGGGAUACAGAUUUUACCACCUACUUGUUUUGGUACAGUAUCAUUUUCAUUAUCAACAUUGAAUUUUGUAACAAUGAAUAUAAAUAACUUAUUACCUGAUGCAAAAUAUUUUCCUGAAUUUUCAUCUUCUGAGAAAGAUAAAAAUUUUCAAAAAUUCUCUACUACUUCUUAUUUAUGGAUUCCUGAAAAAGUACCUCAUGAAAUUACAUUUUUUUGUUAUUGUAAAUAUUCUUAUGGUGUUGGAGUUGCUAUAUAUAAUAUUAAAAAAUCUCAAUAA